AACAAGACCUUACUUCGACAGAAGCGUUUGAAUAGUGAACUAUCGUAUCGCGUGAAUGUCCUAAGAAUUCGCGUCAACGUCAAUUUUUAACCUGAAAGUUGAGCAACAUUUUCUUUUGAAUUUUCCUCAUUAUGGGUACCACCGAGAACAUCGAUCAUUGCUAUGACUUCGCCAUGAAACUCACAAUUGAAUCGGGAGAGAUUAUUCGCAAUGCUAUUCAAAGCAGUAAAAACAUAGAAACCAAAGCCGGAGACUGGGAUUUAGUAACGCAAUACGAUAAAGAAGUGGAGGAAAUCUUAAUUUCUGGAUUAGCCAAGGAGUUCCCUACACACAAGUUCAUUGGCGAGGAAACAGUAUCGUCUACAAACCAUCUGCCAGAUCUGACAGAUGCACCCACGUGGAUCAUUGACCCAAUUGACGGAACAACUAACUUCGUUCAUUCCUUCCCUCAUACCUGCAUUUCAAUAGCUCUAGCAAUCAAUAAAGAACUGGAAAUUGGAAUUGUAUAUAAUCCUAUUCUCGAGCAACUCUUCAUGGCCAGAAGAGGACGUGGAGCUCACCUAAAUGGCAAACCAAUAAAGAGUUCAAAAGUUGAAGAGUUAUCGAAUUCUUUAAUCUGCAUCGAAGCAUCGUAUGCCACAAUAAAAGACAUCAGAGACAUCAUUCUGGGAAGGCUGGAAGCAUUCGUUUCCAUUGCUCAUGGAAUAAGAACGCUAGGAUCAGCUGCUCUAACGUUAUGUCACGUGGCGAUGGGUGCUGCAGAAGCCUAUCAUACCGACAAUCUAAUGCCGUGGGAUGUAGCAGCGGGCGUUCUUAUCAUCAGAGAGGCCGGAGGAACCGUGAUCGACACAAAUGGUGGGAAUUUCAACGUGAUGAAUCCCAAGGUGUUGGCAGUUGGGAAUCAUAAAUUGGCUCAAGAAUUGGUGAAGCUUAUCAAACACGCAGACGCGAAGACACAGCAAAAAAGGCUGACCUCGACACAGUAAAAAAAAAUCUGAUGCUCAUUGUCGCUCUGGAAGCGAAACAAUGAUUCGAUACUAGGAUUAGAGAUAAGGAUAUUUAAAUCUAACCGUGCAGCAGGUCUGCUCUCAACUCGAAAUUCCUCCGUUUGAUGUAUAACAAGAACUAAAAAAUUAAUGUAACCUUCUUGAAACUUAAUAUUCAACCGAAGCAUCGAGACAAGAACAAGUAUUUCACUGAUGAAGCAGUAGCAAUUGACUAGGGAGUAAUUGUGCGUCAAUUCUACAGCAAACAACGAAUUUGUAAAUGAAAUAGAGUAAAUAUAAUAGAUAAACGUAGUUGCUUUAAUAAUGACUUAAUUUUGCAUUUUUACGAACAGUAUUAUUAUUCUGAUGAAUAUGCGAUACUGAGCUACUUUAAUUGAUUAAAGUUUGUUAAUAUCUCGCCUGUAUGAUUGUUCUCGCGCGUGAUAAUGGUAGUGUCACAAGACGAAGUAAUGAUUAACUUAAUUAAUAAAUCAUUUCAAGGAAGACGUAGAUAUCGGACGUUGUAGAAUUAAAAUAUUGAGAGAUUAAGUAAUAAAAGAUAAAAAUGUGUAAAACUAAA